CCUCCUCCGCACACCCGGGGGCGGCGCCCGCGGCCGGAGCAGAGCAGAAAACACUUUCUCCCAAGUUGUCGCGCAGCACUCGGGGCCCUGUCCAGAGGCCCGUGGCGCCCCACCCCACCCCAGCCGCCUCCCCUCCCCGCGCCUUCUCUUCAACCCAGGCCCGCACCAUGGGCCGCUCGUACGGAGGCCGGGUGCUGGCCGCGAUGACCCUGCUGGGCAUCCCGGCCGCCGUGCUGGUCGCGCUGGCUGCGCAGCUGCUGUUCCAGCUCCAGGCGGGGCGCGCGGAGCUGCGGGGGGUGCGCACCGACGUGCUGCACCCUGAGCUGGACCCCGACGCGGGGCUCCCCGAAGCUGCGGCUGGGGCGUUGCUGCCGCUGGCGACUGCGCUGGCCGCGCUGGCGCAGGUCCUCGGGCUUAGCUGCCUGCUGCUCGCCGCGCUCUGCGGUCACCUGGGCGCCGAGCUGGCGCGCGGCCCGGGGCCGGCCAGGUCGGACUGGUUUCUGUACGACUGCCGCCUCCUCAGGCACUCGGCGCUUGGCCUGUUCUGCUGUGGGGUCUCCGUCUACUUAGCAGCACUGGCCAUUUACACCCUGCUGCUCUUCGAGAUCGAGGCGGGUGCAGCAGCCGCGUCCAUCCUGGGCUCAGGUGCCCUGGUCCUGGUGGCGGUAAUGACUCACACCCUGCUCCGGGCUGUUCGGGCCACUCGCCGGGGUCUCCAUGAGCUGUCCCCACCCUCCUUGGAAGAUGAGCCAGCCCGACCUUCAGAAGACUCCAAAGUUGGCUGCAGGGCUCAGCCCCAGCAGGAUGAGGAAAUGGAGGCCUCAGUAGGGCCUGGGACUCACCAGGGUUCCCAUUUCUGAGCAUCAGAGCCUGGACUUGCACCCAGGUCCUGUGGCCCCGCUCCCAUGUUCCUGGAAGAAGGCUCCAGUCCCAGACCUCCACUCCCCGACACUCCCUGGGAGCUGUGGACAUUGAAAUUCGCGUGUGUGGGGCUCAGAGCAGCCCAAGGCCACGAGCGAGCGUUCCGGGAUGGCUGGAGUCUCCCUGUGGCCCUAGGCUGAGUGGGUUUCGUCGCUGUGCCUCAGUUUCUUUAUCUGUGACGUGGAGAGAGGUGUGGGGGGGGCACACAGGAAGCUGCACACAGGAGGCCCUCAGUACAUAGUAGCCAUGUGUCUUCCUUGUCUUCUCGCUGUAACAAAGUAUCUGACAAAGGCCACCUAAGGGAGAAGAGGCCUUGUUCCCGCCAGAGCUCCGGGUCUAAACCCCACUCCCGGUUCCAUUCUGUGUCUCAGUCACGCUGCGCCUGCCGUGAUAAAACACCCAACAAGCCCCAGUCAAGAAGCAGAGAGAUGACCGCUGCCUCGGGGUCGUUAGUCCGUGGGCUGCUGCCCCUUAGGAGGGCCCUCCUGCCUCAGCUAACAGCCUGGAGACGGCACCCUCGCCUGCCCGGAGGCUGGGCUCCAGGGUGGAUCUGGAUCUGCUCGGGUUGACAAUGCUAGCCCGGGUGUGGAAGCAGGUGACGACCGAAUGAAGCCCACGUCCACAGAGGUCUCCACCCCUUUCCAGACAGCCCAGCCCCAGGAAUGAACUCGAGGGUGGCUUGCUCUGCUUGGUUGCUUUUGUUUUUUAAGACAGGAUCUCAUGUAGCCCAGGCUGUCCUGGAAUGCUCUGUGUAGCCAACAGCGGCCCUGGACUGCACCCUAGCCCCUCGCCGGCUUCUCACUCCUCUGGUCCCUUCUUCUCUUCUUGAGCCCCGGAAUUCUCCGAGGCUCUGUCGGGAGUCUCUGAGAGAGCUGCUGAAGGACGAAGCUGAGACCCGCCCUCCCUGUGGACACCACCCUGGGAGCAGAGCUGGGACCCGAGACGGCUUGGCUCAGUCAUCUUGGGACUGUCCAGGCCAGGCGGGAGCCAAGCAGGCGGGUGGGAGACACCUGAUCCAGGUGUGGCAGGACGUGGCUCCCUCCUCCAACAGCCAUGGCUGGAACUUGGCUUUUAACGAUUUUAAUUUCUGUUUGCUUCAGUCUUUCAGUUCUCUCUCUAUUUUUUGUUGUUUUGUUUUUGGACAAGGCCUUACGUAGCCCAGGCUGGACUGGAGCUGGUUAUGUAGUGAAGAUAACUGAGACUCUGAUCCUCUGCCUCUGAGUGCCUGUGCGCCACCACGAAUGGCUGAGUCACCCUCGGUGACUUUCUGAGGGAGAGUCCAGCUGGGUGGCCGGGCGAGGCAGGAGAACCGGGGCCAGUUCGAGCCCAACUUUGGCAACACAGUGAGACCCUGACUGAAUAGAGGAACAAAGUAGUCCAUGAUGGCCAAGCAAGGUAGUGCAGAUUUGUUAUCCCAGCCCUGUGGGGGCUGGAGCAGGAGGAUUACUAUGUGUUCAAAACCAGACUAGGCAGUGGGGCUAUCCUCCCGGCCCACAAGAGGAUGAGGCAGGAGAAGGGACCAGGACAAGGUCCCACUUGAAUACAUAAUAAGUUUGAGACUAGCCUGGGCUACAUGAGACUCAAACAAACAGAAAAACAAACAAACAAAGAACAACAACAAAAAGAAACCAACCAACCAAACAAACAAACAAAAAACACCAAAAAAUAAAAACGAUGUCGCUCCUCUGGCCACAUGGGGUGGGGAACGGGACAUCUUAUUGCUGAGAUGGGGAACGAGACAUGGAGAGGUUAAACCAUCGCUCAGGGUCACCCGUAAAAGCACAGUGGAGUUUCUGGCUUGGAGGGGUGCAGGAGACCCCUGGCUGUAGCCACACAGAGCUGUGAGUCCCAGGCAGGCCCUGUGGGACCCCAGCACGGCCCAGAGACUUUCCCCAGCCGCAGGGUUGGAUGCUUGGCAAAUGCCUCGGUGUGUGAUUCAGGGCACACUGGCUCCUUCUGACUCAAGGCCACGCACAGGUCACUGGAGGCCUCUGGUUACCAGCGGGUGCUCUGAAAAGCGAUCCCGGGUGGUUUCAGGGCAGCUGGGAAGGUGACCAGCGAGAACAAAUGGCUUUUGCUUCCGAGUGAGAUCUGGUUUGGUGGCUGGCGCCACGGCAGCCUGGGCGGGACCUGGCAGCCCCGCAGCCACAGAUGGGGUCAGGACAGUCCCCAGAUCCCUGUGUCCAGGCUUAGUGGCACCCCGCUGAAUCUCCUCAUUGACAGACUUCAAUGCUUAGCCAGGAUCCUCUGAGAUCCUCCUGAUCCAGCCUUGACCGGCCUGUGCCGGCUCUGACCUAACUGCUAUCCAGCUCUGUCCCCCAGGGCAGCAGCCAUCUUCAUCAGAGCCGCUGUGAGUGCUCAGGAGACCCCAGGAUCCAGCCUGAUGGGCAGUGGCAGUCCCUCCUAGGAGAACAGGGUGGGGAGGGGCGCUGGACAGCCCCUGGGAUCCCCCUCUCCCUCUCUGCUUCUGUCCUAAUCCCGCGUGGCAGGGGUCUCAGGAGGUGCUAGCCCUGCACAGUGUGGAAAGUUAACUGAAGGAUAUAACAGGCCCCAGACCUUAGCACAGCUGACUCCAUGAUCAAGUGCCAUUCAGGCCAUGAACCUCAGCAUGUAGACAGCACCACCUGCUAAAAAUGAAAAAAAUAAACCUAAUCCAUCAAA